AUGGAUGGGCCGGGGGGACCAGUAAGAAGAGGGCGAGAAGGUCCGGGGCAGUCUCUUUCCCCACCUGGGCCCGCUUCUUUGCUUCUUGCAACACCGCAGGCGGCGGCGGCGGCGGAGGGAGGCGGUGGCGCGCAGGCUUCCACAGGCACCGAGCUUUUGGUGGUGGAGAAGCGGUGGAGGCCGCCGUCGUGGUUGGGGCUGAAUUCGCACUGGUCGCGGCGCAACGCGAAGGAUGAGCUGAUGGCGGGCUUCGUUGUUUCCGGCUACUACACGGCAAUCACAAUGGCGCUUUUUGCCGACCUCGGCUACUACAAGGUGGAUUUCCAGAAGGCGGAGCCGAUGGCGUGGGGCAGCGGAGCCGGGUGCAGGCUGCUGACCGAGAAGUGCGUGAAUGAGGGCGCCACGAACUACCCCGAGAUGUUCUGCACCGGCUCGGGCGGCGGCGCCCUGCGGUGUACCUCUGAUCGCCAGUCGCUGGGGAGCUGCUUACUGCGCGAGGACGAGAGGAUCCCGCCGGAGUUUGUGUACUUUGCCGCGAAGAAGGGCUCCCCGCGCGAGGCCCUGAUGAGCUACUGCCCCUUCAUCGCGCCGGGGAACGACACCGGGUGCGUGGGCGGCAGCGAGGCGGCCAUGCCUGGGAGUGUGGUUGGCCCGGCAUCGCGUUGCUUGGCUGGGGAGGGCCUUCGGCUGGGCAGCGUCGCCGUGGGUGACGUGUGCGUGGAGGUGCGGUGCGGCGAGGGCUCGUUAAGUGUGCGGCACAAGGGCAGCAAGGAGUGGCUGCCGUGCCCGAGCGGCCGCAAGCUGACGCCGGCGGCGCCGUUCACGGCCGGCCGCAUAACGUGUCCCGCGUUCAGCGACGUCUGCCUCACGAUGUUGAAGCACGGCGCCGCCGGCAGACCUCCGACGCAGCAUGCGCGGGGCGGACACCGCGAUGCCAGCGCCCCGGUGGCCGUUUGGGCGUCGCUCCUUCUCGGCCUCGUGACCGGCGCGGCGCUUGUGGCUCCCUGA